AUGCCAUCUCAAAUGGAACACGCCAUGGAAACCAUGAUGUUCACAUUUCACAAAUUCGCUGGGGAUGAAGGCUACUUAACAAAGGAUGACCUGAGAGUACUCAUGGAAAAGGAGUUCCCUGGGUUUUUGGAAAAUCGAAAAGACCCUCUUGCCAUAGACAAAAUAAUGAAAGACUUGGACCAGUGCUGACAUGGCUGAGUGGGCUUCCAGAGUGUCUUUUUGCUAAUUGCUGGGCUCACCAUGGCAUGCAAUGACUAUUUUGUAGUACACACGAAGCAGAAGGGAAAGAAGUAG